AUGAACGACUUCGGCCAGAUGAGCGGCCUCGACGAGGAAUUCGCUGCCGUUCGCAAAUUCCAAGCCGACGUGGAAGCCGACCCCGACACACUUGAUAACUGGGAGAACCUUAUCAAGGCCUGCGAGAGUCUCGAAGGAGGCCUCAGCCGCAACUCAAACCCGCAAGCGCUUGCUUCCUGCCGCGAUGCAUACGAACGCCUUCUCGCGAGGUUCCCUCUCUUCUUCGGCUACUGGAAAAAGUACGCAGACACCGAGUUCAACAUCGCCGGCACAGAGUCUGCCGAAAUGGUGUACGAACGAGGCGUCGCUUGCAACCCCCAUUCCGUCGACUUGUGGGCAGAGUACUGCCGGUUCAAGAUGGAUACCUGUCAUGACCCCGACGUCGUUCGAGAACUCUUCGAACGGGCCGCCGCCCUGGUCGGCAUUGAUUACGCCGCUCACCCAUUCUGGGACACGUACCUUGAGUUCGAGCAGCGCCAAGAAUGCCACGCUCACGCCUUUGCGAUUCUAGUCCGCAUCAUUCGCAUCCCGAUGCACCAGUACAGCCGCUACUACGAGAAGCUCCGCACCUUGGCCCACACGCUUCCGGUGGAAGACAUCGUGCCGGCGGAUGUGCUCGCUCGGUUUCAGGCCGAGUCGAAAUCGGGCUCGGAUGCGCGCCCCGAGCUCGAGGUGGAGCGCGACGUUCGUGCCAAGAUUGACGCCAUGUACUACGACAUAUUCUCCGUCACGGCCGUCGAGACCAACAAGCGUUGGACCUUUGAAUCCGAGAUGGGUCGUCCCUACUUCCACACCACCGAGUUGACGCACGCGCAGCUCAAUGCCUGGCGCGGAUACCUGGACCUCGAGGAAGCAGAGGGCGACGUGGAACGGAUCAAGUUCCUGUACGAGAAGUGCAAUCACAUCUGCGCCUACUACGAAGAAUUCUGGUUUCGCUACGCGCGGUGGAUGUCUACGCAAGCCGGGAAGGAGACGGAGCUUCGACACAUCUACAUCCUCGCCUCCUUUUGCGUGCCCGUCAGCCGCCCCGGGAUCCGCAUGCAGUGGGCCUACUUUGAGGAGAGCCAGGGGAACAUCGACGCCGCCCGGGACAUUCACGCGGGCAUCUUGGCCAAGCUCCCGGAUUGCAUCGAGGUCAUCCUCUCGUGGGCGCACCUUGAGCGUCGUCAGAACGGCAUCGAGGCUGCCAUCCAAGUCCUCAAGGAUCAAAUCGACGCCCCGACCGUCGACCUGUACACCAAGGCCGCUCUGGUUGCCGAGUGGGCCAUUCUGCUGUGGAAAGUGCAGGGGUCGGCCGAGCAGGCGCGCGCCGUGUUCCUCAAGAACUCGCAGUGGUACGGGAGCAGCCGCACGUUUUGGGAGAAAUGGUUCGAGUUCGAGCUCGAGCAGCCGAUGCACUCGCAGGCACAGGACGACGCCACCCAGCGAGUCAAGCACGUCUUCGAGGAGAUUCGGGCCAAGAGCCGGCUGUCGCCGAGUGUGAAGCGAGAUCUCGGCAUCAUUUUCCUCAACUUCCUGGUCCAGCGCGGAGGCAAGGAUGCGAUGAAGGAGUUUGCGGCAGUCGAUCGAGCCAUCUCCGGAUCCUCGUCCGUGGCUGCGCUGUCCACCGACGGCCAGAACGGAGCCGGCGCGACGGAGCUGGACGAAGCGAGCAAGCAGAAAGCCGAGGCCAGGCUCAUCUUCUUUUACGACCACGAGGCCCCGAUCCCAGGGGCGCAGGGUCCGGCAGAUUACAACUGA